UGUUCUGUCGUCUCUGUUCAACCAUUCUCUUUUCCGGCAGCCACAAAGAAGGAAGCAUUUUUGCGAGUUCGCGUCCGAAAAAGGCCAAUUUCUGCCCGCGAUCGCGCCCCAAAACCGGCCGGAACCGUUGCGCCCGCCGUCCCGCGUGUGUGCGAUGACCGUUUUACGUUCCGUGCGAGCAUCCAAUUCGCUAGCCGGUUGAGAUGAUUAAAAAAUGAAUGAAGGUGAUUCAGCGGGAGGGCAAAGAGGUCGUAACCUAGCCCUUCCUGCUGGGACUGACCGAAGAAUAUCGAGCAUCAGCAGUGCAGGCCAUUUGCCCACCACCUCACCAAUGUCCCGUUCGCCAGCCGACGACAGACAGCAACAGUUCCAGAAUCUACAGCAGCAGCAGCAUCAGCAGCAAAUGCUCACAAGUCCCAUACAGAACAAAACGAUCCACCAACAGCAACAGUUUGUCAGCACGGUAAAUCUGAUUCCGGGGGCGGCCACGGUCGGCACCGGAAUCACCGUCGGCUAUCAGCAGCAGCAGCAGCAGCAACAGCAAUCCGCCGGUCCGGUCGUCGAAGUGGAACAUGACAUUGCCACGCUCAAGAAAUUGAUUCUCGAGCACAAGUAUAUGAGAUUAAGGAACAUUAAGGAAAAGUACUCUGAACAUGUAGCAGAACUGUUUUUUCUCCAGUCCGGUGGAAGUAUGAUGGAAUAUCCUGUAUGGAGAAAGAAGCCACAUACUCCAGCAUUCGUGAACUUUAUGCGUACAUAUAAGCUAGAGCCCCUAUCGUCCAACCUGGAGGAAGCGGGGGAAAUAUUGAAGCAGCAAUCGAACCGAUCGCUCGCACUCGCCGGUGCCGGUGCGACGACGACGACGAGCCUUCCGCAAGGGGCCGAAAUUAAGAUACCGGGCGUAGGAGCAACUCCCGUAGCCGUGUCGACGCAACUACCGGCCGCCGUGGCUCAGCUGAGUCAGCAAGGCGGCACCCCAAUCAUUCCGGAAACGAUCGGCAUCGGUGGCGGCGGCGCCGGCGGAAUCGCGACGAUCGACCGGAAGAGGCACACCAUUUCCACCACUACCGGCAGCGGUGCCAAUUCGCCUGCGACGGCGCCCACCGUGACGGCAGCAUCGAGCGGCGAGCUUUCUGCGACCAGCAGCACGAGUACCGGAUCAGCAGCAGCAGUGACGACCGCGGCAUCGGCAGCUGGUAGUGGUGGAAGUCUCCAGCAGCAGCAGCAGAAUGGGACGAGCUCGAAUAGCACGACGGCCGGUGGCAACGGUCAGGAUCAGUACACGAACAAGGCCAAGCAGGAGGUGUACGUGAUGCAGCGGAUACAGGAACUGCAGAAAGAGGGCAUGUGGAGCGAGCGGAGACUGCCCAAGGUGCAGGAACCGCCGCGGCCAAAGGCCCACUGGGACUACCUGCUGGAGGAGAUGGUCUGGCUGGCGGCGGAUUUCGCCCAGGAGCGAAAGUGGAAGAAGGCUGCGGCGAAAAAGUGCGCCCGCAUGGUCCAGAAACACUUCCAGGACAAGGCGAUGGCCGCGCAGCGUGCGGAAAAGGCGCAGGAACUGCAGCUGAAGCGAAUCGCCGCGUUCGUCGCCAAAGAGAUCAAAACCUUCUGGGGCAACGUGGAAAAGCUGGUCGAGUACAAGCAGCAAACCAAGCUGGACGAGAAGCGCAAAAAGGCGCUCGAUCAGCAGCUGAGCUUCAUUGUCGAUCAGACGGAAAAGUAUUCCCAGCAGCUGGUCGAAGGCAUGAACAAGACGACGCCAGCGGCGGCGACCGCCACGACGAGCAAAGCCAACAGCUUACAGUCCAGCCGGAUAUCUUCCCCGACGCCCAAGAACACCGCCUCCGACGACGAGUUCAAGCCGGACAGUGAAAACUCGGACGACGACGAAGAAACGAUCGCCAAGGCUGAGGCCGAAGCGACCGGAACCAACGAGGAGGUGGCCGCCCUGCAGAAAGAGUCCGAGAUGGAUCUGGACGACUUUUUGAAGCACCUGCCCAAGGACUACCUCGAGAAUCGGGACAAGAUUGUGCUCUCGGAUCCGGACGAUUCGGAAAAGGAAAGCGAGAGCAACGACAAGGACUUUACCGCCGAUGAGGACAGCGCCGACGAGGAGGACACCAUCAUGGAGCAGGAAAGCAAGGAAAAGAACCAAGAUCACAAGAAGGAAAUCGACGAGUUGAAUGCCGAAAAUGAGAUGAGCAUCGAAGAGUUGAUGGCAAAAUACAACGCGCCGCCACCGCCGCAGGCGAAGAAGAAGGUCGUCGAAAAGAUGGAGGUGGACUCGGAUGACGACCCGGACGAGAAGGAGGGGGAGGAGUCGACGGAAACGGAGCAAGAUUCCGACGAUGAGCCCACGACCUCCGAGGACGAAGAAAUGGACGAGGAAGGCAAAGAUGAGGAGGACGUCGGCCUGAAGAACCUGCUGGACGAUGAGAUGGCCAACAAGAGUCAGAGCGAAAAGGACGAAAUGCUGAACGACGCGGCCGCGAUUGCGGAGAGCAUUCAACCGAAGGGAAACACGCUCUCGUCGACGAGCGUCGUGACGCCGAUUCCGUUCCUGCUGAAGCACACGCUGCGCGAGUACCAGCACAUUGGGUUGGACUGGCUCGUGACGAUGCACGACCGGAAGCUGAACGGAAUCCUGGCGGACGAAAUGGGACUGGGCAAGACGAUUCAAACCAUUUCGCUGUUGGCCCACCUGGCGUGCGUCAAAGCGAACUGGGGACCGCAUCUGAUCAUCGUGCCGUCGUCCGUGAUGCUCAACUGGGAGAUGGAGUUCAAGAAGUGGUGCCCGGGCUUUAAGAUUCUCACGUACUACGGCUCGCAGAAGGAGCGCAAGCUGAAGCGGACCGGCUGGACCAAGGUGAACGCGUUCCACGUGUGCAUCACCUCGUACAAGCUGGUCAUCCAGGACCACCAGAGCUUCCGGCGCAAAAAGUGGAAGUACCUGAUCCUGGACGAGGCGCAGAACAUCAAGAACUUCAAGUCCCAGCGGUGGCAGCUGCUGCUGAACUUCCAGACGGAACAACGCCUGCUGCUGACCGGCACGCCGCUCCAGAACAACCUGAUGGAGCUGUGGUCGCUGAUGCACUUCCUGAUGCCGCACGUGUUCCAGUCGCACCGCGAGUUCAAGGAGUGGUUCUCGAACCCGAUGACCGGUAUGAUUGAAGGCAACUCCGAGUACAACGAGACAAUCAUCAAGCGCCUUCAUAAGGUCCUACGCCCGUUCCUGCUGCGCCGGUUAAAGUCCGAGGUGGAGAAACAGAUGCCAAAGAAGUACGAGCACGUCGUCAUGUGCCGGCUGUCCAAGCGACAGCGGUUUCUCUAUGACGAUUUUAUGAGCCGUGCAAAAACGAGGGAAACGCUCGCCUCGGGCAACCUGCUCAGCGUGAUCAACGUGUUGAUGCAGCUGCGGAAGGUUUGCAACCACCCGAACAUGUUCGAGGAGCGUCCGACGAUCUCGCCGUUCCGGAUGGACGGAAUCAGCUUUCAGACGGCUUCGCUCGUGUACAACAUGCUGAACUACGAUCCGUUCACGCAAAUUGACCUGUCUUCCCUGAACCUGGCGCUGGCCCGGCUCGAGCUGACGCUGUCCGCGUACGUGGCGUACCGGUCGCAGAGGUUGUGCCUGCCGCGGCGUCUGAUCGAGGAGAUUGACGCGACGCCCGAGCCGGCACCGCGCUGUCCCACCGGAAGACUGAAGCUGCACGUGCGGGUGCCGAACGCGCGCGUCCAGGAAACGAUCGGCAGCACCGGCGGCGUACGGGUGGGCACUAGUCCGGCCAUGAAGACUGAAGGAACGCGUUUUGUUCCGCUUGUAAAUUCUUCACUAGUAGUAGAUAGGAAACCGCUGAUCGAGGAGAUCAGCUCACGCCCAGUAACAACGAUUCCGUUGGACGAUCCCGCCUCGGCGUCGUCGUCGUCGUCGUCGUCGAAUGUAAAUUUACGUAAAAGAUGUGAUAUCAAUAGCGGUAGUAGCAGCAGCAGCAGCAGCAUUAGUAGUACACUUAGUAAUAGAACAAGUGCUGGGCACGUAGCGCAGAUUGUGCACACUUCCGCCGGCAGGCAGCUGAUCCUCACGCCGAACGCUAGCGGAGGCCAAGUGAUGAGCACGCUGAUGACGGCGAGCGGUCAACGGCUAACGGUUGUAAACCGGUCACCAGCCGCCCCUCCUCAACGCACGCUCUCGGAACCCGCUGCCCCAGCCUGCAAUCCGAUCUCUUCAACGCUGGCGGCUUCGAUCGUUCAGCAACUCAAACAACACCAUUCCUAUUCAGCCAACCUUACCCCGGAAGAACUGGAGCAGAAGGCACGCACCGAAUUCUACCUGGCCAGUGUGGAGGAAUCGCGGAAAGACCGACGCGGACAGAUCCUCGAACUGCUCGGCCGGAUGAACCAAAAGCGCUGUGACGCGACUCCAAUCUACGGCGAAGACCUGCGCGAUUCCAUCUGUCGACUCGGCGAGGAACCAUUCUCCGACUCCGUUCCCAUAACCGUGCGCGGCGCGUACGAGUGCCGGCAGGUAUGGCGCGCCCCCAGCUGCUGGAGUUUGCCCAACGCGUGCAAGUCGAUCGAACGGCGGGCUCAGGAAUUCCGCGCCGUGUUCGCCAACUUUGUCUGCUAUGUACCUGCGGUUUGUGCUCCGGCACCCAAGCUCCACGUUUCGCAUCCGAGCCCGUCGCGCAGCAACGCCGAACAGGACAAGGACACGCGCAUCACGGACGGGCUCCGGCCGGCACUCCGAAUUCUGCACCCGAUCAUUUCGGCCAUGAGCACGCUGUUCCCCGAUCCCCGGCUGAUCCAGUACGACUGCGGCAAGCUGCAAACGCUGGACCGCCUGCUGAAAGAGCUCAAAUCGGGUGGCCACCGGGUGCUCAUCUUCACCCAAAUGACGCGCAUGCUGGACGUCCUGGAGGCGUUCCUCAACUACCACGGCCACAUCUACCUGCGGCUAGACGGCACGACCAAGGUCGAGCAGCGGCAACUCCUCAUGGAGCGGUUCAACGGGGACAAACGCAUGUUUGUGUUCAUCCUCUCGACCCGGUCCGGCGGCGUCGGCAUCAACCUGACCGGGGCGGACACCGUCAUCUUCUACGACUCCGACUGGAACCCAACCAUGGACGCCCAAGCCCAGGACCGGUGCCACCGGAUAGGACAAACCCGUGACGUGCACAUCUACCGCCUCGUCAGCGAGAAAACCAUCGAAGAAAACAUCCUCAAAAAAGCCAACCAAAAGCGAAUGCUCGGCGACCUGGCCAUCGAGGGUGGCAACUUCACCACAGCCUUCUUCAAAAGCUCCACCAUUCAGGACCUCUUCUCGGUGGACAACGUCGAGGAGGACGCGUCAGCCCGGCUAGCCGAGGUCAUCGAGCGCGACCGCGAACGCAAGGAACGGCUACAGCAGAGCAUGAUCACGCCGAGCAGUUCCAGCGCAGCCGCCACUCCGGCCGCCGUCGAAGAGAGCAAAUCGGCCAUCAACGUGUUCGAGUCGGCACUGGCCGCCGCCGAGGACGAUCAGGACGUGCAGGCGGCCAAGCUGGCGCGGGCCGAAGCGUCCGCCGAGCUGGAAGAGUUUGACGAGAACAUUCCGAUUGAUCAGGUGGCGGCGACGGCGGAUUCGAAGGAGAAGGAACCCGAGCUAAGCAAGGCCGAAAAGGAGGUGCAGAAUUUGAUCAAGCAGCUCAACCCCAUCGAGCGGUACGCGAUGCGCUUCGUCGAGGAGACGGAGGGCACGUGGACGGCGGUGCAGUUGGCCGCCGUCGAGGCGGAGAUCGAACAGCAGAAGCGCGACUGGGAGGCGAACCGGCUGGCGCAGCAGAAGCGCGAGGAGGAAGCGGCCCGCCAGCAGACGGCCGAGGAGAACGAUCUGUUGACGUUCUCGCGCGAGGACGCGACCAACCAGAUUUGGAUAUCGGAUAACACGAUGGAAAAGAUGCCGAUGUGGUGCCCUCCGACGCCACCCCAGGACGACAACGACAUCUACGUUGACUACUCGCUGGGCUUUCUCUACGAGACGGAAGUCAUCCCGGAGGCGCAACUUCCGCCCGUCUACGUCAAGAAGGAGUACAAGCGAAGCCGUUCCGAGGCCGGCUUCUACCCGGACGGACGCCGGCCGGUCAAGAUCCGCAAGGAGGACAAUUACUACGCGCCGCGGUCACUGUUCGAUCGUCCUUCGCCGCAGAUUGCCAAACUGCGGAAGGAUUACAAAAUGCAACGCUACAAGGGCAUCAUCAAGCCGUUCCCAAUGGCGGGCCUGAAGCCGACGAUGCCGGUCAAGCAACUGGUCGAGCCGGAAGGAAUGCCCGAGUGGAUGAUCCACGAGGACAUGUCGAUGCUGAACGUCAUCCAGAACCUGCAGGGACUGCCGCUGAACCUGAUGCUGGUGUCCCCCGGCCACACCCCCAACUGGGACCUCGUUGCGGACAUUGUGAACCAGUGCUCGAGAACGUACCGACUGCCGAAACAGUGCCGGUAUCGGUACGAAGCCGUCGUAAUCCCACGCGAGGAAGGCAAACUGCUCGAAAGUCCAAAGAAGCAGAAAAAGAGCAAAAACCCACUCAAACAGUCCCCACCGAAAGGAAUCCGGGCGAUGCGAACCGCCCAACUCUACACCGGCGACGGAAACAACUCGUACAUCAAGCUGGCGCGACAAAAGUUUGACAACAUCAAGCUAGCGUUCAGCAAAAAGGCGCCCCAAGCGAAGCAAUUGCUCGCGAACCCCUCACUCAAGAACCCCAAACAUGCUGCCGUGCUGGCCGAGUACGGAAUCACAAGCUACGACGCACCCCUGACACCGGUUGAGAUUGCCACGCGCCGCGCCGAACGAAUCUCCAAGGAGAAGCAAAAGAACGCUUCGUUGACGCAAGCCCAAGAACAGAUGGCUCUCCAGCAACAGCAGCAGCAACAGGCUCAACAGCAAGCAGCGGCUGCAGCUGCGGCCGCCCAACAGGUUGCUGCGGCGGCCCAACAAGCCGCAGCAGCCGCCGCUGUCGCUCAACAGCAGCAGCAACAGGCCCAAGCGCAGGCGCAACAGCAAGCACAACAGGUACAGGUGGCCCAACCGGUGCAGGUAGAGUUCACCAGGAAGAUAACCGCCAAAGACAGCACGACGGCGACUAAUGGCAUCUUUGUACUCAACCGACAGGUUGGUGGCCAGCCUCAAGCACAUGUUAUCCAACAGCAGGUUCAGCAGCAAAUACAAAUCCAGCCGCACGUUCAGCAGCACAUUGCGACGUCCGUCGCUGCCGCUAACCAGCAGCAGCAGCAGCAGGUCCAACAGGCCACCAUUGUGGUGUGCGGAGUCGCGACAAACACUUCCCCUGCGGUAGCUACGCUCGUUCAGUCACCAUCGAUGCAGGCGGGUCGCGGCCAACCCGUGGUCAACAUUUGCCCAACUCCGAGCCAGCAGCAGCAGAUUGUGAAGGCAAUCGUGGCGAGCCCCGCCAACCAGAAUCUGCUCGCACAGCAGUUGGCGGUGGCGCAAAGCAACGCCCAGCAGCACGUGUCAGUUGUGUUGACCUCUCCAGUGACGACAAUGUCCGCCAAUCAGGUACAGCUCACUCAGCCUCAGAUCGUGUCCAUCCACCAGUCGACGCCACAAAUCAUCCAAAGCAGUGCGUCGGUCACGCAAGCCUCGGGCACACUCGUACAGACGUUGGCCACGCAGUCGCUGCCGCAGGUUGUGUCCGUUGCGCAGUUGGCCACGGUCGGCACCGUCAUGACCACCGGCAGUCCAAUCCAACAGCCUCAGGUGGCCACACUGACGACGUCGGCACUGAGAGCGCAGCGCAUCGUAGCUCCUCCUGGGACGCUGCAAGAGGUGGUUCUUCACCAACGUUCCGGUUCGCAAAGCCCAACGGUGGUCAGCGUAAGCGGCUUGGGACAAGGUUUGACGCAAGCACAGCUUCAAGCCGGUCAGCUACGGCUUUCGAUGGCGGGUGGGCAGCAAGUGUCUGGCGUCGUAGCCAAGAGUAUCUCCGUUGGAACGGUAACGAGUGCAGGAAAGCCAAUCAACACUUCGCAGUACAUCUACCGUCAACCAAUCCGACAGCAGGUCAAAGUGCUUCAAUCGGGCACGGGGCAACCCGGAACGACAACGGUUCUGCAGCAGGCUGGCGGACAGCAAACUUUGGUCAGUCCCGCCAUCAUCCAGGGCAACAUUAUCCAAACGGGAACCGUCGGUCAGACCGUCCAGGUGCAACAGGUCACCCAGAAGGUGUCCGUAGCUACAGUAAGCUCCUCGUCUGCAGCAACCAUUUCCAGUCAAGCCGGCACGAUUGCCACUGUUCAGGUGGCUCCUGGCCAACAGAGAGCUCAUUUCAUCAAACAGGUCGGAACGAAGCAAAUCACCACGCGACAAGUGACUGAAAACGAAAUGCAACUCAUGGUCAAACGACAGAUCAUAAGCCAACAGCACAAGCAGCAACUGCUGCCACAAACACAAAUCUUCGCUCCCGCAAAUCUGCAAGUCCAACAGGCUGGCACAUCCGGUCAACAGAUUGCGACGUUGGUGAAGACCUCCAGCGGAACGGCAGUGGCCGCCACCGGAAUGACGCUGUCGCAGGUGAAACCCGGCCAGAUCAAAACCAUUAGCAAUCAGAGCCAGGUUCGCCACCUGCAGCUUCAGCAGCAAAUCUUGGCAGCCCAGCAACGCAAGGGAGGCGGCAAAAUGACCCAAAUCACCCAGAUGGCCGGCAAGGCAGGUCAACCGACGCAACUGUUUGUGCAAGGCCCGAAGAAUCUGCCCGCUGGUACGGUCACCGUGCAGCAGAUUAUUCGGCACGCCCAGCCCAACUCGCUGACCGCUGGCGGUCAAAUUGUGCUGAAUAAAAGCCGGGUCAUCCCGGUGUCCGUUUCGCAGCAGGGCAACCAGCGGCAAACGAUUCAAGUUGUAACGGCCACUUCGGCCGCCCAAGCCAUUGCCGCCAGCAACAUGCGAACGCACGUGCCGUCGUCGAACACCGUCGUCAACACGAUCAAGGUCGCUGCCGGUGCCACUCCGGCCCAACAGCAGCAAGCGAUUCUGACGGCCCUCCAGAACCAGCAAAACCAACAACGGGCAAACGCCAGUCCCGUUCGACUGCAAACCUCCAGCGGAUCGCUCGUGGCCGUCACGGUGCAGCAGCCCCAGUCGGUGGCCUCGGCGGCAAACCAACAGCAGCAGCAGCAACAGGACCAAAUUACGUCGGUUACGGUUGCUCAAGGGGCAGCUCAGCUGGCCACCAGUCAGCAGCAGGUGCUGCAAAUCCAAGCCCAACCGCAGCAGAUUAUAACGUCGGCAAGCGACGGAACCAAUUCUGGGAUAGUGCAGCAACAACAGCAGCAGCAACAAGUUAGUAUGAUUAAAAAGAAACAAUCUCCUAGCGGAAAGUAGUGGUUGAUCGGGAAGAAUUGAGUGGGCGAUCUCUCUAAUAUCUUUGUGAAGUAUUGAUAGCUACUUAAGAUUAAUCACAUAAAUAUAACGCAAAGUUUUUAAAUGUUGUUGUUCAUCCAAACAAAAUAUUCAAACAUCAUUUUUUCGGGGUGAAGAAAUCUAAUUUAUUUGCAAUCCAAGUCCAAGGACACAAAGUAUGUUUUUUUGCGAAACGAUUCAUGUAAAAAUUCUCUUAUUUAUAGGUCUAAAUAGAUACACAAAAGCUCUGAAAAUA